GAGAGAGAGAGAGAGAGAGAGAGAGAGAGAGAGAGAUUUCCAUAUUAAACUUGGCUUAUUCCGAGUAUUAUAAAAAGGGCUGUAUAUAAAAGAUUCCAAAACCAAAAAAAAAAAGAAAAAAAAGCUGUCUUUAGGGUUUUGCUGCAGCUGCAAGAAGGGGUAAACGGAGUUUUCAUCUUCAGCACCAAGGUAGGUGAAGACUCAAUCCAUAAAGUUAACGGUGCCGUCAUCUUUUUUCACAUUAUUGAACAAUUUUUAUUUUGUGGGAGUGGUUGAAAGAUUCUUAGCCUGGUCUGUGUUCAGACAAUGGGAAAAAAUAGUAUCUGUUUGUUUUGAAAUGGUUUGUCCGAUUACAGCAAAAUGCAAGAACAUAAGAGAUUUUCUGGGCAUGCCCAUUUGAAAGUUUCUUGGAUUCAACAUCAAAUCAAUCAAAAAGACACCUCCUUUACUUCUUCUUCUUCUUACCCACCUCCAUUUAUACCUAAUUCUAAUUUCAACAAAGAAUCCCAAUCUGGGGCUACUAAAAUCAGCCCUGCUGUUCUAUUCAUCAUAGUAAUUCUAGCUGUUCUUUUCUUCAUCUCCGGUCUCCUCCAUCUCCUUGUCAGAUUUCUGACCAAGAAUUCCUCACCCUCUCAGUCUAGUUUAAAUCUAGAACCUUCCGGAAACUCCGACGCUCUUCAGCGACAGCUCCAGCAGCUCUUCCAUUUACACGACUCCGGUUUGGAUCAAGCGUUCAUCGAUGCAUUGCCCGUUUUUUCUUACAAGGAAGUUGUGGGCCCCAAGGAGCCCUUCGAUUGCCCCGUUUGUUUGUGCGAGUUCACGGAAACCGAUCAAUUGAGAUUGCUUCCCAUGUGUAGCCAUGCUUUUCAUAUCAACUGCAUCGACACUUGGCUUCUAUCGAAUUCGACUUGCCCUCUUUGUAGGGCUACUCUUUUCAACCCUGGAUUUUCGAUCGAAAACCCUAUUGGGGUUUUUCCGGUUAGGCUCGGAAAGUUCCGGAAGUUGGAUGAAGCCGAAGAGGGUGAGGUUUUAGGGGAGACGAGUAGUAGUAAAUUGGACGGUAGAAGGUGCUAUUCGAUGGGUUCUUAUCAGUAUAUAGUUGGUGAUGCUAAACUUAGAGUGGCGUUGAGCGAAGAUCGAAUUGGAUGCGACAAAAAGAUUGUCGAAGGAGCAAUAAAGGAGCAAUCUUGCAAGGAGUUGGGUGACGAGAGCACAGAGGGGAAGAGGAUAUGUAUCGGUACGAAGACCGAUAGCUAUUCGGUUUCCAAGAUUUGGCUAUGGUCGAAGAAGGGGAAAUACGCUAGUUCUUCCGACGGGCAUUUGGAUAAUAAUAAUAAUCCUUCUUCUCCGAACUUGGACUUAACGUGGAUGCACAGAAGACAAGGCGUUUGAAAGGUGUUGUGCUUUUUUUUUAUUAUUUUUUUUUUAAAUAUAUAUUUUGAUUCGUCGCCCCCCGUAAAUUUACGAUAGUGUUGGGUUUUCUUUUUGUUCUGAAAUUUGAAUGACCUGUUUUGAAAAGAAGUUGCCUUGCCUAUGGUGUAUCUAGAUAAUUGAUGCAUGAAGAGUGUUUCUUGACGGUUUUGUUUUUU